ACAAAACUGGGGGGGGUUGCACUUUUUUCUUUUUAAGAGGGGUUUUGUGUCUACUUUUGACCAAUAUCUGUGGUUUUGUUUCUAGAUUCCCACUGGAAAUCCAUUAUAUGAAUCUUAUUACAAGCAGGUAGACCCGACAUACACAGGGCGAGUUGGAGCGAGUGAAGCUGCACUUUUCCUGAAGAAGUCUGGGCUCUCAGACAUUAUCCUUGGGAAGAUAUGGGACUUGGCCGACCCAGAAGGGUUUCUAUGUUGCACUGAGACUAGUGGCCUGUGCACAGAGCGGCCACGAAGUUACCUUGAGCAAUCUGAAUUUGAACAUGCCGCCACCUAAAUUUCAUGACACCAGCAGCCCUCUGAUGGUCACGCCGCCUUCCGCAGAGGCCCACUGGGCUGUGAGGGUAGAAGAAAAGGCAAAAUUUGAUGGAAUUUUUGAAAGCCUCUUACCCAUCAACGGUUUGCUCUCUGGAGACAAAGUCAAGCCAGUCCUCAUGAACUCAAAGCUGCCUCUUGAUGUCCUGGGCAGGGUCUGGGACCUCAGUGACAUCGACAAGGACGGGCACCUGGACAGAGAUGAGUUUGCUGUGGCAAUGCACUUGGUGUACCGAGCCCUUGAGAAGGAGCCAGUGCCCUCCGUCCUGCCACCAUCCCUCAUCCCGCCGUCCAAGAGGAAGAAGACGGUGUUCCCGGGCGCCGUGCCUGUCCUGCCCGCCAGCCCCCCACCGAAGGACAGCCUCCGCUCCACGCCUUCUCACGGCAGCGUCAGCAGCUUGAACAGCACUGGAAGCUUGUCUCCCAAGCAUAGUAUCAAGCAAACACAGCCAACAGUAAACUGGGUGGUGCCAGUGGCAGACAAGAUGCGAUUUGACGAGAUAUUCCUGAAGACCGACCUGGACCUGGACGGCUAUGUGAGCGGCCAGGAGGUGAAGGAGAUCUUCAUGCACUCGGGUCUCACCCAGAACCUUCUAGCACACAUAUGGGCCCUGGCCGAUACGAGGCAAACGGGGAAGUUAAGCAAAGACCAAUUCGCGUUAGCUAUGUAUUUCAUUCAGCAGAAGGUCAGUAAAGGCAUCGACCCUCCUCAAGUCCUCUCACCGGACAUGGUCCCGCCAUCAGAGAGAGGCACACCCAUCCCGGACAGUUCGAGUUCUCUUGGAUCAGGGGAGUUUACUGGUGUGAAGGAACUGGACGAUAUCAGUCAAGAGAUUGCCCAGUUACAAAGGGAGAAAUACUCACUGGAACAAGACAUUAGAGAAAAAGAAGAGGCAAUCAGACAGAAAACCAAUGAAGUACAGGAAUUACAAAAUGAUUUAGACCGGGAAACAAGCAGUUUGCAAGAGCUGGAAGCUCAGAAACAGGACGCCCAAGACCGCCUGGACGAAAUGGACCAGCAGAAGGCCAAGCUCCGAGACAUGCUGAGUGACGUCAGGCAGAAGUGCCAGGACGAGACCCAGAUGAUUUCUUCGCUGAAGACGCAGAUCCAGUCUCAGGAGUCCGACCUCAAGUCCCAGGAGGACGACCUGAACCGGGCCAAAUCUGAGCUGAGCCGACUGCAGCAGGAGGAGACGCAGCUGGAGCAGAGCAUUCAGGCCGGGAAAGUUCAACUGGAAACCAUCAUCAAGUCCCUGAAAUCCACGCAAGAUGAGAUCAACCAGGCAAGAAGCAAGCUUUCCCAGCUGCAUGAAAGCCACCAGGAAGCCCACAGGAGUCUGGAGCAGUACGACGAGGUGCUGGACGGGGCCCACGGCGCCAGCCUGACCAACCUAGCAGACCUGAGCGAGGGCGUCUCCCUGACAGAGAGGGGCGGCUUUGGAGCCAUGGAUGAUCCUUUCAAAAAUAAAGCCUUGUUAUUUAGCAACAACGCCCAGGAAUUGCAUCCGGAUCCUUUCCAGGCAGAAGACCCCUUCAAAUCUGACCCAUUUAAAGGAGCCGAUCCCUUCAAAGGUGACCCGUUCCAGAGUGAUCCCUUUGCUGAACAACAGACAGCUUCAACAGAUCCUUUCGGAGGGGAUCCUUUCAAAGAAAGCGACCCAUUCCGUAGCUCUGCCCCUGACGACUUCUUUAAGAAACAGACAAAGAAUGACCCAUUUACCUCAGACCCAUUCACGAAAAACCCUUCCUUACCUUCAAAGCUUGACCCCUUUGAAUCCAGUGACCCUUUCUCAUCCUCCAGUGUCUCCUCAAAAGGAUCAGGUCCCUUUGGAACCUUAGAUCCCUUCGGAAGUGGGUCCUUCAAUAGUGCUGAGGGCUUUGCCGACUUCAGCCAGAUGUCCAAGCCCCCAACUUCUGGCCCUUUCACCUCCUCCUUUGGAGGGGCAGGAUUCUCAGAUGACCCCUUUAAAAGUAAACAGGAUACUCCUGCUCUGCCUCCGAAGAAACCUGCUCCUCCGCGGCCCAAACCGCCCAGCGGUAAAAGCACACCCGUAAGCCAGCUUGGUUCUGCAGAAUUUCCCGAGGCCCCCGAUCCAUUCCAGCCACUUGGGGCUGACAGCAGUGACCCGUUCCAAAAUAAAAAGGGGUUUGGGGACCCGUUUAGUGGAAAAGAUCCAUUUGCUCCUUCCUCUUCAGCUAAACCUUCUAAAGCCUCUUCCUUGGGCUUUGCAGACUUCACCUCUGUAAGUUGAGUUCUCCACCUCCGCGCCAUCCCCUACCCUCCCUCCGCUUGCAGCUUCUUCGGGGUUACUUUUCUGUCUCUUUUGAAUAGCAGACCUCCUUCCCGGCUCACAUCUCCUCGGUACCUCACGCUAUCACCCUUGUUAUUUAUUCUGUAAGGAAAACAGUUUCUCAAUAAAAAAAAAGAGCUCUGGUUUGGAUACUCUGUGAUAAGGGCGCGUUUUCUUCUGGCAGGGUGGCCCGUAUGCCUGUAUUUCUGCCCUUCCUGGUAGAUUGUGUUAUUUCUGUUGCCCUGAGGCUGCGGUGUUCAUUGAUUUUGACACCGCAGGGGUGGGGGGGAGCCAAGAUGUCAGAUGCUUCUGAAGUAUGACAACAAGAUUGCAGGAGUUGCAUUCGUGUUUUGCUGUCCUCAAAAAAGUCCCUGUGCCAGAGUUCUGAUGGUCCCAUCCUGGUGCCUUUUGUGCAGCAAGUGUGAAUUGAAGGACCCAGGCAGCUCACACGGAGGGAGAGCAAUUUGACUUUUUAAAACUUUUAUCUCAAUUACCAGCUACGAUGAAAACUGAAUUGCAAUUUAGAACAAGCGCUCUGAAGUUCCUUCCUUUUGCCAGAAAAAAAAAGAAAAAAAAACCAACUCAGAAAGUCAUUAAGCAGCGUUAAGUGCCUUUUCAGAAGCUAAUCCGGGGAUUUUGAAAGUCUGGCUUUGUUUCUUGGUGUGAAAAAAAGAUUCCAGAUUGUAAAACUGUCACAUCAGGGUGUUUUCAGUCCCCUCCUCGGUACCCGUGAGUCUUGUUCUCAGAGAGCAUCAGAUAGUGUCUUCUCAGAAUCAGUUUCAGUCUCUGUUGUGCACCUAUGUUUUUUAAAAAAAAAAAAGUUUUCUUCACUUGAUUUUGCAAAAGUACCUUGUUUCCUCAUUGGAUGUGAGAUGUAUUGUUUAUAGAUGCUUCCACUCCUAGAAUAUCCGUUUUAGAACAAACUCUGCCACAUCAGUGCCCAGCAAACACCCGCUUCAUUUCAGAUCCACCCCGUGCACAGCUAUCCUGUGGCUGAUUGGUAUCGCCCAAGACGGUGACACUUUCCUGGCUCUGGGCAACCUGUAAAUAUUUUAUGACUACAGUUAGCUGGUUUUGUUGACAGCCAGUGCACACUGGAUAUAUACAAAUGGCAACAUUGUUAAAUAAAAGCCAGAUACAAAACCUGCUUUAUCUGCAGUUUCUUGAAUAGCGCUGCCUUUAUUUUUCAGUGGAAAAAUAUUGAACCCCAUGAAAAAAAUAGAGCUAUUCACGCCUGAUUCAGGUGGGGUAGGGCGGAAGGGUAAGUGGAUUUGAACGGCAAUUUGAAGAAAAGACUGUUCUCUUUCUGAAAUGCACUUUCUGAAACGCACAGUUCUGUUUCCUGUGCCCCUCCACCCCCUGCCCCUUCCCCCUCCCUCUCCCUCUCCCGAUGGCUGGUUUUUAGAAAACAUUUUUUUUUAAACCCCAAGGCUUCAAGCUAUCAUUUGGCCCAACAUAUCUGGCCAUUCCAGAACAGUUGUUAACUUCAACUUUAAAACACCCCUGGUAUUUAAUCGCCGUCAAUUCCAGGCAAGGAAUUGGAUUCUGCCCAGUGUACAGCCUGGCUGUUUUAUGUUUAGAAUCACUUUUCCCGCUUGGGACGCCCCAGUUUUUCCAGGGGAAAAUCACCUGAUCAGGAGACUUGGCCCACUCUGAUAGGAUUUGGGAGAGGCAGGACACCUGACUGGUUUGGUUUGUCCCCCUCGGUGAUACCAUGAUUGACUGUCAACUGCCCUACCUCCGGGGAUCAGGAUGUCUGUGCAUUUUCAUGGUGUCUGGGAGCUCCAUCCAUUGGCUGGUGGUGUCUAGGUUCACUGGACCUCAAAGAUCUGUGCUAAUUCGGAAAAGGCCAGAGUUGUUUCCUCUGGUUUGUGUAUUUCAGCUUCCCCAGGUAGACGCUGAGAGGUCUCUGCCCAGCAGGCUGGCAGUGUGACUCUCAGACUGGAUGUUCUAAGAGUGCCACUGGGACACAUUGUUACCUGUGCGAAAGCAGCUUGGUCCGUGUUGGAGUUCAGGGAAGCCAGUGUCACAUGUGAACCAAACCCCACCCCCAUCCUUGGCGCCCCAGCUCUGCCACCCUGGAACCUUCUGAUUUACAAGCCCCGUGUUUCUGUCAAUGGGUUACUGUUGUGCUUGUAGCUGUUCACGGGAAACCUCUCCAGUAUUUCUUUUAGAA